AUGUACCUCAACAAGCUACUUACUUCGGCUGUAGCCCUGGGUGGCUGUGUCUGGGCCCAGAGCCAAGCUGGCGUCGAGGAUCUCGAUGACCCUGGGAAUGACCUCUACGAAAAGGACCUGUCCAAAUGCCCUGGAUACAAGGCGACUAAGCAGUGGGAGACUCGAUCUGGAUUCUACGCGGAACUUACCCUGGCAGGGCCGGCGUGCAAUGUUUUCGGGACUGACCUCCCGGACCUAAAGCUCCAGGUGGAAUAUCAGACCAGCGAUCGACUUCACGUCAAGAUCUCGGACACAAACAACACGGUCUACCAGGUUCCAGACAGUGUUUUUCCGCGUCCCGGCUUCGGUGAAUGGUGUUCCCCAAAGAACUCAAAGCUCAAGUUCAACUUCAAUGCCGACCCUUUCUCAUUCACCGUGUCUCGCACUGAUACCGGAGAGGUACUAUUCGAUACUACGGGCAACAAUUUGGUAUUCGAGAGUCAAUAUGUGUAUCUCAAGACACAUCUGCCACAGAACCCGCACCUUUAUGGACUGGGUGAGCACAGCGACUCGUUCAUGUUGAACACGACCAACUACACUCGAACAAUCUAUACCCGCGAUGCCUAUGGGACACCUCAGGGCGAGAAUCUGUACGGUGCUCACCCGAUCUAUUUCGACCACAGACAGAAUUCUACUCACGGAGUCUUCCUACUUAACUCCAAUGGCAUGGAUAUCUUCAUCGAUAACAAGGGUGGUCAAUACCUCGAGUACAACAUCAUCGGCGGCAUUCUUGAUUUCUACUUCAUUGCUGGACCCUCCCCGCGCGAAGUGGCCAUUCAGUAUGCGGAAAUUGCACAGUUCCCUUUGAUGACUCCUUAUUGGGGACUCGGUUUCCACCAGUGCAGAUACGGCUAUCAAGAUGUCUAUGAGGUCGCCGCUGUCACCGCCAAUUACUCCUCCAACAAUAUCCCUCUGGAGACCAUCUGGACCGAUAUCGAUUACAUGGAUCGUCGACGCGUUUUCACCAUUGAUCCAGAGAGGUUCCCGGCCAAUCUGUACAAAGACCUGGUGGACACAAUCCAUGCGAGAGAUCAGCAUUACAUCGUCAUGGUCGAUCCCGCCGUAUUCUAUAAGGAGUCCAAUCCAGCGCUCGAGGCAGGCCUCAAAUACGGCACUUUUAUGAAGGAGGCGAACGGAUCCGAAUACCAAGGUGUCGUCUGGGCUGGUCCGAGUUACUUCCCUGAUUGGUUCCAUCCCGAGUCGCAGCAGUACUGGAGUGAGCAGUUCGCUAAUUUUUUCGACGGAACGAAUGGUCCGGACAUUGAUGCACUGUGGAUUGACAUGAAUGAACCCGCAAACUUCUUCAAUCGGCCAUACCCGGGCAACAACACGACACCCGAGAGAUUCGCAGAGGUGGAUGGUGACCCUCCAACCCCACCACCAGUGCGAGAUGGUCCAGAUGCUCCCAUCCCCGGAUUCCCAGACAGUCUUCAGCCAAACUUUGCUUCUGGCAACUCAGAAGAAAAGCGUUCGACCGCAGUUGUCGCACGUGAUCAGUAUCGGCCUCGAACCCGCCGCAACCUCGGCGCUGGCCAUUGGCGCACUGCCAGGGCCCCUUCGCAUUCUGGCUGGCAGCACGGCGGGGAAACUGGUUCUGGCUGCGGACCUGACGAGUGCAAAGGCCUUCCAGGUCGUGAGUUUGUCAGGCCACCAUUCAUGAUCCAAAACGGCGCAGGUCCCACGCUUGCCGACAGCACUGCCGACACUGAUGUGGUGCAAAGCGGCGGAUACGUUCAAUAUGAUACCCACAACCUUUACGGUGCUAUGAUGUCUUCCCAUUCUCACAACGCCAUGCGUGCCAGGCGUCCGGAUGACCGCGCUUUGGUAAUUACCAGAAGCACGUUUGCUGGCUCCGGAAAGGACGUGUCUCACUGGCUUGGAGAUAAUAUUUCCGGGUGGCUCUGGUACCGUAUUUCCAUCAGUCAGAUUCUGCAGUUUGCGUCGCUAUACCAGAUUCCCGUUGUGGGCCCCGAUGUCUGCGGCUUCGGCGGUAAUGUAACGGAGGCGCUCUGUGCCAGGUGGGCAUCUCUUGGCUCCUUCUACACAUUCUUCCGCAAUCACGCCGAAAUCUCCGCGACCUCCCAGGAGUUCUACCGCUGGCCAACAGUUGCCGAGGCCGCACGCAAGGGAAUCUCCAUCAGAUACCAACUCCUCGACUACAUCUACACUGCCAUCUACAAACAAAACCAGACCGGCACCCCGACCCUCAACCCUCUGUUCUUCAACUACCCGAACGACCGAAACACUUACCCCAUCGACCUGCAGUUCUUCUACGGCGACGGCAUCCUCGUCAGUCCUGUUACCGAGGAAAACAGCACGAGCGUGAACUACUAUCUUCCCGACGACAUUUUCUACGAAUGGGGCACCGGCAAACCCGUCCGCGGAAAUGGUGAGUACGUCUCCGCCGAGGUCGACUACACAGAUAUCACGGUCCACUAUAAGGGCGGCAUUAUCUACCCACAGCGCAUCGAGAGUGCCAAUACCACCACCGCGCUACGCAAGAAGGGCUUCAACAUUGUCAUUGCGCCUGGUCUCGAUGGCUCUGCCAAGGGCUCGCUGUACCUUGACGAUGGCAAGUCGAUUGUACAGGACGCUGUGUCGGAGAUCGAUUUCAACUAUGCGCACGGCAAGCUCAGUAUGACUGGAUCGUUUGAGUACGACGCUGGUGUCAGUAUUGAGACUAUCACUGUUCUUGGUGUGGAGCGCGAGCCAAAGGCACUCCGUAAUGCCGACUAUGAUGCUGAGAAUAAGAAGCUGGUGGUUCAUGUUGCUGUGCCUUUGACCGGUCGGGCUCAUAUCAAGGUUUUGUGA